AUGGGCAAGAUGCAGGCCAGGGAAGGCUGCUUGAAUGAGAACACAGAGUCAGCAUGUAUUCUGGAGGCAGAGCUGACAGGACUGAAUGAUGCAUUGGAUGUGGGCGCUAGAAGAACCACACCUCUUUUGGAAUACAUUAAAAAUAGAAAGUUAGAAAAGCAGAGAAUUCGCGAGGAGAAGCGAGAAGAGCGAAGGAGGAGGGAGUUAGAAAAGAAACGUUUACGGGAAGAAGAAAAAAGAAAGAGAAGGGAAGAAGAAAAAUGUAAGAGAAAAGAAGCAGACAAACAAAAGAAAACUGCUGAGAAAGAAGUAAGGAUUAAGGUAAUUUAGAGUGACCUUACAGUGUCAGGACUGAAUUGAAUUGUAGGACACCAGCCUGUACUGGAGAGCUGGUUGAAAGAGACACCACACACUUGGUUUCAGCAGUAUUAUGAGUAAAAACAGUUCAUAGGUGCAUGAAUUAUCUGUUGGAUGGAUAAAUGGAGACACAUACUAUUGCACUUCCCUAUGGUUUGCCUUU